AUGGGCAUCCUCACAUUGAAAGAAGACCGGCCGACGCCAAAGGAGGUCUACAACUGGCGUAUCUACGUCUGUGCCUCCAUCGCCUCCUUCGCAGCGUGUACGAUUGGAUACGACUCUGCCUUUAUCGGCACUACACUAGCCCUUCCCUCCUUCGCCUCCGAAUUCAAAUUUGCCGAGUAUAGCAAAGACAACCUCGCCCUCCUCAAACAGAACAUCGUGUCCGUCUACCAAGCAGGUGCUUUCUUUGGCAGUCUUUUCGCCUAUGGAAGCAGCUACUACCUCGGUCGCCGUUACUCCCUCAUCCUAUUCUCAGCCAUCUUCAUGGUUGGCGCUGGAAUAAUGCUGGGGGCCAAUGGCGAUCGAGGUCUUGGACUCAUCAUCGGCGGACGAGUCCUUGCAGGCAUCGGAGUAGGAGGCUGCUCCAACAUGACACCCAUCUACAUCUCAGAGCUUUCUCCCCCGGCUAUUCGAGGCCGACUAGUUGGGUUAUACGAACUAGGCUGGCAAACAGGAGGUCUUGUUGGCUUUUGGAUCAACUAUGGCCUCUCCGAAACAAUGGCACCUUCCCACAAGCAGUGGAUUAUCCCGUUUGCUGUGCAGCUCAUCCCUGCUGGCGUCCUCCUUGUGGGUGCCUUGUUUAUCCCAGAGUCUCCCCGGUGGCUGUUCUCCAAGGGUAGACGGGAGGAGGCUGUCAAGACCCUCACUUGGAUGCGGCAGCUCGAUUCUGACCACGUGUACCUUGCCGAGGAAAUACGCAACAUCGAAACCGAAAUCGAGCACUUCAAUACGGCAAUUGGUCAGGGAUUCUGGAGGCCGUUCCAGGCCCUCAAGGAUCGCAAGACACAGUGGCGUUUCUUCUUGGGUGGCAUGCUUUUCGUCUGCCAGAAUGGUUCCGGAAUCAACGCGAUUAAUUACUACAGUCCUACCGUGUUUAAGAGCAUUGGUAUCACGGGCUCCAACACGAGCUUCCUUACGACCGGUAUCUUCGGAGUAGUCAAGACCGCCCUUACAUUUGUUUGGCUCAUGAUUCUGAUCGAUCAUGUGGGACGUCGCAACCUUCUUAUGAUUGGUGCUGGUGGUGGCGCUUUCUGCAUGUACUUUAUCGGAGCCUACAUCAAGAUUGCGAAGCCAGAGACAACUGCGGGCUCGGCCAAUGCUGGUCUUUCUUCUGGAGGCAUCGCCGCAGUAUUCUUCUUCUACCUGUACACGGCCUUUUACACGCCAUCCUGGAACGGAACUCCUUGGGUUCUCAACUCGGAAAUGUUCGACCAGAACACUCGGUCUCUCGGCCAGGCGAACGCCGCGGCUAACAACUGGUUCUGGAACUUCAUCAUUGCCCGAUUCACCGAGCAGAUGUUCAAUGCCUGGGGCUAUGGUGUCUACUUCUUCUUCGCCUCCCUCAUGGUUCUCUCUGUCUUCUUCGUCUUCUUCUGCGUUCCAGAGACCAAGGCCAUUCCCUUGGAGUCUGUGGACAGACUGUUCGAAAUCAAGCCAGUUUGGAAAGCGAACAAGCGUCUUCUUGCUGAAUUGGCCUCCACUCAGAGAGAUUCGAAUGAUGUGAUCGAGGGGAUGAAGGGUGAUGAUGAGAAGGUUUCUGAAGCUCAUUCCGAGUACAAGUCAGCAGCAUGA